AAAGGAAGGAGGAGGAAGACGAGGACAAGGAUGGAGUACCUGCAGGCGAGGCAACAAAACCCAGCAACCCAACAAGACCUCAGUGCCCACUCCCAUUCAAAUCCCCCAAGAGAAUUGAGAAGAAAGCAGCAAAGCCCUCCUUAGAUUCUUGCCACUUCCUGUUCCUGUUCCUGUUCUUGUUCUUGUUGUGUUCUUCUUCUCUGGGUCAUUACUGGGCAUAAGUUAAGGCCUUCUGAAGACCACAAGAGUUUCGUUUGGCCGACAGAAAGAAGAAGAAAGAAGGGCCUGCAUAUUCGACUCCAAGGAGGAGGUAGGAGGAGGAGGAGGGGGUAAAGAGAGCAUGGGGAUACCAUGCGACGACGUGGUGAUCAUCAGGCAGUCCGAGCGGGAAGGAGAGCCCAGCAUGAUCACCAUUAAUUGCCCUGACAAGACUGGGCUGGGCUGCGAUCUGUGCCGCAUCAUUCUCUUUUUCGGCUUGAGCAUCGCCCGAGGAGAUGUGUCGACGGAUGGAAAAUGGUGCUAUAUAUUAUUUUGGGUCACCGGCAAUCCAAAAACGAGGUGGAAUUUAUUGAAAAUGAGACUAGUUGAGGCGUGCCCCUCUUGUUCUUCAGCUUCCAGAAUUUUGUUUGACAACUACGGGCCGCAGCCAUCAAAGGACCCUGAUGUCUUUCUCUUGAAGUUAGCUUCUUGUGAUCGAAGAGGACUUCUGUAUGAUGUGACACGGGUGCUUUGUGAGUUUGAGCUUAUAAUCAAGAGAGUUAAGGUGUCCACAACACCUGAUGAAAAAGUGAUGGACCUCUUUUUCAUCACUGACACCAGGGAACUUUUGCACACGAAGAAGAGGCAGGAUGACGUAAGCAAUUAUUUGAAAGCAGUGAUAGGGGAGGCCAUGAUCAGUUGCGACAUAGAAAUGGUUGGUCCUGAAAUAACAGAGUGUUCACAGGAUUCAUUUCUUCCACCUGCCAUCACAGAAGACAAGGAAAUACCUAAUUAUCAGCUAGACGGGUCAUUGACCUCCAAGAGCAUUUCAGUCAAGAUAGACAACAUGCUAAGCCCUGCUCACACGCUUGUCCAAAUAAGUUGCCAAGAUCACAAAGGACUUCUCUAUGACAUAAUGAGAACUCUGAAGGACUACAAUAUUCAGAUUUCUUAUGGACGUUUCUUCACAAAGCAAAGAAGGAACUGUGAAAUUGAUCUCUUCAUAAUGCAAGUGGAUGGGAAGAAGAUAGUUGCCCCAAGCAAGCAGCAAGCAUUGUCCUCCCGUCUGGAGAUGGAACUUCUUCAGCCUCUCAGAGUAGCUGUUGUAAGUCGUGGUCCUGAAACAGAGUUGCUGGUUGCGAAUCCUGUGCAGUUAUGUGGAAAAGGCCGGCCCCUUGUCUUUCAUGACAUAACCCUUGCUCUCAAGACCCUCAAUAUUGGCAUAUUUUCGGUUGACAUUGGGAGGCACGUGAUUGGGGGUCGAGAAUGGGAAGUCUACAGGGUCCUUCUUAAUGAAGGUGAAGGCUCUUCUAUUGCGUGGAAGAAAAUCGAGGACGAAGUAUGGAAGAUGUUGAUGGGCUGGGACUGAAUGGUGAUAUCUAAUUAUAUUGACAACAUGUGCUUCGGGGAUGUAAAUUAGGCAAGAACUUAGCUAUCCGAUGACUUCAGUCAUAGCUUCCCGAAGAUUAACUUUGCAUCUGCCGAUGGAGAUAUUUGUGGCGACCGGGACGGGAGACGAAAUCAAGCUCUCAGCUCUUAGCAUACACACCAGAGGAGCACAGAGGCGCUAAAAGUAGGGGGACAGGCUGUUAUGGCAUGUUCUUGGAAUGCAGAUUUUUGUUGCAGUCCUAUUUCAGAGUUGUAAAUUGCAUCUAGUUGUGUACAGAGGUCAAGUUGUUCACAUUGUGAAUACAUGCAUGUGUAAUCUUAACCAAAGUUGAUUGUUGCACCAAGAAUAAAGUCUGCAAGCUUUUGUUUCA